AUGCUGCAUCUUCUUUUUCGAACGAAGUCGACACGUACAUCCAAACUACCAGAGCCAUUCUGCCAUAUCCAUGGGUCGAGCGGUGGUAGAAGUUUUGAAGAGGCUUCUGUUGUCAAAGAUAAAACUCUUCAAUUAGUACUAGUGCAGGAUUUGGGUGACAGAAAGAAAAUCUUGCUUUUCGAUUCACUUGGACUCGGUAAUUCCUCCAAAGCUGGACGUCCAACAACUGCUAAUGGUCCUGCUAUACAUUCUCUUCCUGCUUUAGUUACUGAGCUUAUGUUUGGCGCUAUCCCACUAUCAAUCAAGAGUUUGUCGACUGUAAAGCUUCAUAACUUGCAGUCUUCAUCACCAUGCACACGUUCAUAUUUGCUAACACUUUUAUUUAUGCCGAAGAUUUCUAGUAAGGGGUUACGGAAUGUACGGUUUCAGAUUGGUACGCUGGCUAUAGGUGCGAUUGUUACUCUUAGCAUGCCGGCUGAGGGAGCUGCUGACCCUUUAACGACUUAUUGGCAUGCAUUGACGUCUUCGUUAUACUCCUUGCAACGGAAAGUGACGAGCAUCCUUUCCGAUCUUUUGCUGAAUGUAGAGGCAACAGUGUUACAAGAUGCCUGUUCUAAGCAGCCCUCUGGCAAGCUUCCGCUCAAUUUUCUGAGACUGCAAGAGAACACAAGAAUUAAGGCUGCUUUUUGCGUAUGUCGGAAUCUCAUUUUGCAAGCUUGGAGUGCUCCUCUGCUACAACCAUGCAUGUUUAACGAAGAUCGAUGGAAAACACUUAUAAAUGGAAUUGUUCAUUCAAAUCCAUCUAACAAAUCCGCUAGUUUCCUUAAAUCUGUACAUGCUUAUCGACUUGCUCUCUCUGCAGCACUUUCUUGUCUUUGCUUUCGACAAAUGGGUGUUCCGGCGAAGUUUAUGAUUCAGUCUUCAAGAUCAAACUUCGCGCGUCAACUUUUGUUUUUGUUAUUACCCUUGUUCUUUCCCUCUUUACUUAAACAAUUAGAAAACUCUACCUUUUCCUCCGAACUCGCUGCUAGCUCUAAUAUUCCCAUCUCCUCUCCGAAGCCUGACAACUUGAAUUUUGACAGCUUGCGAUCCUCGCCUACCGUUGGUUCCUCAGGCAGCUGGCGAUGUAAGUACUUUUAUCAAGCUUUCCAAAAUAUUUCUCGCUCAGCUCCCAGAAACACACCUCCUAUUUCACCGUCCCUCUCUACAUCUUCUUCGUUUUCAAACCUCGCCUCCUUCCCAUUUUCGACCAAGAGUUGCGCCAAACCCUCGAUGGAUGGCAUUCUUCAUGUUACUCUUCCUAACAACACCUUCACACCUCUUUCUACCAAAAGUAGUUCGACAUCGCUGGAUUGUACUGGCACAAACAACGAUAUUGUUUUGACACAGUAUGCUAUGUAUCUGAAUUGUCUACAUCCGGCGUUUGAUUUGCAAGCCGCCCCUCCUAAUGCAUUUGCUUACUCAAACAAUAUGGAUUUCUUUCGCGAUGCGCUAACGGAUAUGCUAGCUAAUACUAGGCGUGGUAUGCUGAGAAGCUAUCGUUCCUCAUCCAUGUAUUCUUCUUGGAACCCUUCCAGCAUGGAGGACAGUCGUACGUCAAGCAACGAUUUUGCUCUUUCGUUAAAUCCGGAUGCUAUUAUUUUUGCUGUUGAUUUGGACGAUGCUCGCGUGUACAUGCACAGUUUGCAAGAAAGGCAGGAGCAUGAUUCCAACUUGGGGCUUGGUGCUUCAUCGAAUAAUCCACUGGUGACAAUUGAUGAUAAGACCUAUGCAUAUAUGAAGGAACCAAUUCAUCACGUUGAUGUCGAAUUUUUAUCGGUACUUAAUACGCUCAAUUGGCCCCAAAUUGCAAGACACAUCCGUUCACGAGUAUCGCGUUGCUAA